AUGAGUCAAAUUGAAGCAACAGCAUCUCGUAUUCCAUAUAUGGUUGAAAUUGGAAAUCAUGAAUGCGAUCAUGUUACUGGAGGAGAUAAAGAUCCUAGUGAAGAACAAGGAGACGGAGGAUUUCAACCUAUAUGUUUUGAUAUUGGACCAGUUCAUCUAGUUUAUUAUUCUACUGAACAUAAUUUUCAUCGAUUAUCACCACAAUAUGUAUGGCUUGGACAAGAUCUUCCUUCAGUCGAUCGUAUUCGUACACUAUGGUUAAUUGUUGCUUCACAUCGACCUAUGUAUUCAUCAUUAGUAGGAAUUGAUUUAAGUAAAGUAAUGUUACAACUUUACAUAGAAGUCCUUCUCUACAGCUAUCAUGUUGAUCUCAAUUUAUUUGCACAUAUUCAUUCAUAUGAACGAACAUGUCCAAUGUAUCAAUACACAUGUAUAGAUGAUGGAAUAACACAGUAUUGA